AUGGCUACAUGUUUAGAUAGACUGUUUUCGCAUCUGUUGUUCACCUAUUUGACGCUCACAGUGAAUGGGCAGAACUGUCCGGGCAAUAUAAUCGCACAAGCAUUCCACAGUGGACAGAAAUUAUCACAGAUAUUUCUUAAUAUUAAUUUGACAGGAUUACAGCAGUGUUCACAUGCGUGUUUGUUGAGAACAAAAUGCCAAGUUAUCGCUUUUAAUUUUCUGACAGCAAAUUGUGAGCUUGGUGAAAACGUUGCUUAUGUUACUCCGUCAUUUAGUAAUUCAACCGGGACUAUUCUAAGAUCGACUUUAUUACAGUUUGAAACAUUUCUUUUAGAAUCCUGUGUUGGGCAUUCUUGUGAUAAUGAUUCUGUUUGUGUUGAAUUAUCUAGUGGUACAUUCACGUGCGUUUCUUUACUGACAUAUGUUGCACCCACGACAACGGCGUUGACAACUAUUUCACCGGAGACGACGUCAACAACAGUACCCCCGACGACAACGACGACAACAGCGCUGCCACCAACGACAUUACAGACAACGUCAUCAUCGACGAUGCAAUCAACUACCACUGAAGCCACCGACAUUUUUUGUGGAGAUCUACUUUCAGUUCCAAAUGCUGACACACCAACAUCCACAGAGAGAUCCGUAGGAACUUCUCUUUCAUAUUCAUGUGUCACAGGUUAUAUGUUGUCCGGAAACCCAGAGGUUACUUGUCAGCAGAAUGGUCAAUGGUCAAUACCAGCGUUGACCUGCGUUUUAUGUGAAACGAAUGAUUUCGUGUACAAUUCAGGUCAUCAGAUUUGCUACAGACUACAACUAGACACACGGUACGUCCAACCAAAUGCGGUGUUAUAUUGUUCCGGGAUUGGUGGACGUUUGGCUAAGGUGGACACUACUGAGAAAAUAAAAUUUUUAGCUUCCGUCCUUCCAACGUUCACUCAGGUGUUUGUUGAUGGGACCGACGCCGAGGAGGAGAGCAAAUGGAUCUAUUCAGAUGGGUCUGAUGUGAAUAUGAAUCUCUUUCAAGGAGGACAGCCAACUUUUAAUACGGCAGUAAAUUGUAUGAUAUUACUAUCGAACUUCGCAGAGAUUGGAGAACUGAAUUGUUAUUCUGCUAGGUUUGUAAUAUGCGAAAAGUAG